AUGGCUUUCUCGUCAGUGGACGAAUUAACCGCGCGUCUCGAGAAAUUGGAUCAAAAUAUUACUUUGACACUUCAGGAAAUUGACAACAACUUUUCUACGUGUCAACAUGCCGUAACCACCAAAAUAUUACCGCAAAUAUCUAGAUUUGCGGAAAUCUCCGAAGACAUUUGGGAAAAUUCAAAGUUGUGGUGGUCUUUUCUUGAGUCAUUAGACUUAUCGUCUUCGAAUGAUAGCACUUCACCGGUCUCCAUGGAAUACAUCAAUUCAAAAAAGAAGCUUUUUGAAACCACCCCGGAUUCUGUAACGAAUAAAAGUUCCGAAGACCCUAUCGUUUUCAAGAAGUCUAACAUUUCGUUAAAAUUGGAAUCAAAGAACAGUAUAGAAAGUAUUAUUAAUUCAAACAAAAGAAAAUUUGUUGACGACAAUAACCCAUCAACAUCGGAAGAUAGUAGAACCACAAGUACACCUACUUUUCCUCCUAUUUUGAAUAGCUACAAUUCUAUUACAUCGACUCCACUACCAAAUCCACCUCAAUAUGCUCAUAGGGCCAUGCAAUCGCUAAACUGGGGUGAUAAUAUUUCUCACACUACUGCAUCAACUUCAAUCUCUUUGCCGACUUUACCUCCGUCAGACAAUCGUAAACCGCAGCCAACUACGUUGAUAGAACGCGUAAUGCAAAGGCAAAACAUUGUGAAUAAAACUCCGUUGAAACCUACCAAGGAAGUUGGUGAGAAUGUAAAUAGGACUGCCACACCUCGUCCCGGCUCCGUCUUUCCACCAUCAGCCACGGGCACUGAUAGUGAUUUUGACUUUACCGAUUUUUCGCCACCGGUCACAAUUCAGUUUUCGAUGGCACCAUCAAAAAUACUAAAAACUCCUGCCAAACAAGCUGCCAAAAUCAUUGUGGAUGAUCUUUUGAGUAUGAUGAGUCCCAUUCCGUCAACUCCAAUUAACACAAAUAAGAAUGAUCUUAAAUCUUUGAACACGUUUUCAUCCGUAUUCAAUUCUGAAAACGGUCAUGACCUCUAUCAAAAAUAUCACAUUUCGUCAUCAUUAAAUGCAAAGAAAACGGAUCAACCAGUUUCUAUCGAAGAAAAUGCGAACGCAACGUCAAAAUGCACAUCUUCUCAAGAUAAUCCGCCCACUUCAAGGCUUAUUGACGCGUUCGCAAGCACCAUGAACACGCAGAAAAUAAUGGGCUCAGAAAACUCAUUUACAACUACCGAAAAUCCCUUCAACAUUUUAGAAAAUAAAGAAGAAAUUGAUCUAAAAGACGAUAAUGAUGAUGAUGCAUUGGGGGAUGAUGAUACAACCUUGUCUCAUAACAUGCGAGAUUUAUCAUUAGAUGAUGAUGAAGGCGAAAGUGAGGAUGAAGUUUUUGAUUCACCUUGUCCGUCCGGACCGGUCAUAAAGAAAAACUAA